AGUUACGAACGAACACCGCACGCAAGCGCAGGUGCUAGACAAAAGGCGUCUUGUGCAGGUGGUGUCCAUUCGAUUUGGUUGAUCCAUAUCGGCCCCCGUUUCUCGAAGUGGAUUAAGACGACCUCAGUCGUCGAUACAUGUACACUAAGAGUGGAUAUAUUAAUUUCGGUGAUGUCAAGUGUCUAGUAGUGUGUUCAAUGUUGAUAGCGUGCAACUCAUUCUUAUGGCAGGGGUUUUGUGGUAGAAACGAUUCUUACGAAACUUGCUACAAAAUUCGUUCAUAAAGUAAAAACGGUGGUUUGAUGUUAAAACACUGAGUAAGAAAGCGCCAGUGUACUGACAUUACGGCAUCUGUAGCGUGCUGACGGAAUAGCUGUGCGAGCAGUGAAACGAAUUCAGCAUUCCCAGCACUGUAUCGCGGCAACCACAGUGAUCAACAAUCUUCCUGACAACAUGAAGGCUAUCGGAACUCCCACAAACAUCCCCCUCAUAGGAUGGGUGCUAGUGGCGGUUGCAAUUAUGCAUUGGUAUCAGCCGUUGGUGGCAACGUACAAUGUAGCGGAACACAGACUGGACUAUAUAAAAUUAGGUGAAGGUCGUGAGUAUAACUAUCACUAUAAUGAUGGUGUGUCAUCCGGAUAUGACAAGCGUAAAUUUUACAAACGCCCCCAAGCUUUGAAGCAGCCAUACACGCUCAAGAGCUUUGCAUCGCCGGUAGAGCAAAUUGCGACGAAUGAAUUCCAGACACAACCUCAGCAAACGUACAUGACCCAGGAGAGUCUGCUGCCGGUGUACGAGUCACACGAAAAAACGGUUAGCUUCGUACCUGCGGAAUACUCAUCUUCCAAACCUGCCACCGCGCAAAGAGAGUCGCCAUACACGUUGACUCAGUCCACAGGACCCGUUUCGUACACGGGCAGUUUGGCUGAGCGAGUCAUCCAGAGGAUUCAAUUGCAUCACCCACCCAGCGUAAAGAACAUCAGUGUGCCAACUUCCAUCAGCAGCAGCAGUGGUAUCAUUAGCGGUAGUACAGCACACUUCCAGUCGUCAGGUGUGCAGUAUAACCAACAUCCUGGAAGCUACCAGUAUUUUAACGCACAUCCAGCCCCAACCGAGUACGAGCUGGUGCGACCCAUAAGCAAUUUUCCACCUCCGAGGCCCUACAUUGCUCCGACAUUGACCACGACCAAGGCACCGUAUGUUGCACCAUUCCUGCAAAGAACUUCCACUACUACUACGACGACGACGACAACGCCAGCCCCACCGAGCAGACGGCCUCCGUACGUGGCGCCGGGGGUCACGAACGAUCCUUUGCUUAGUUCAGUGUCACUCGCCAACCAGCUGAAGUACUCCAGCUCUAGCAGACCUACUACGGCCAACCGUCCCGCGGCCACGGCCAGUAACGGCAGUGGCAAUCCAACGUUGCAACCCUACGAGCCGGAAUUCGACAUAGACAUACGGAUCGAUUUGCGCGAUGAUUCCGCGUAGUGGUCAUAAAUCUAUACUAGUAUAAUUUAAGCUGCCUAUAACGAUACACCAUUAUUUCAUACGCCAACGUGACAAAUAAAAUGUUCAAUACCGAA